ACCUCUCCAUCAACUAGUAAGCCUCAGCACUGCCUUCUCUCUUGUUGUUAUUGGUUAAUUUGUAAGCAAUACGGUAAGCAUUUUUUCAUAGCAAACGGCGAUGUCACCGGAAGAUCAACACCCUGUUAAGGCUUUUGGAUGGGCAGCGACUGACCCUUCUGGCCAUCUCUCUCCCUUCAAGUUCUCUAGGAGGGAAACAGGUGAUGAAGACGUGAGGUUUAAGGUGUUAUAUUGUGGAGUAUGCCACUCUGAUCUUCACAGUGUCAAAAAUGAAUGGGGCAACUCCAUUUACCCUUUGCUUCCUGGACAUGAAAUUGUUGGAGAAGUGACAGAAGUGGGUAGCAAAGUGGAGAAAGUUAAAGUAGGAGAUAAAGUUGGUGUUGGAUGCUUGGUGGGUGCAUGCCACUCCUGCGAUAGUUGUGUCAAUGAUCUUGAAAACUACUGUUCAAAAUUCAUUCUCACCUACAAUGGCAUUGACACCGAUGGGACAAUCACAUAUGGGGGCUACUCCGAUCAUAUGGUCGCCAAUCAACGCUACGUUGUUGUGUUCCCUGACAACAUGCCACUUGCUGCUGGCGCUCCUUUACUCUGUGCUGGGAUCACUGUUUAUAGUCCAUUGAAAUAUUUUGGAUUUGCUGAACCGGGGAAGCACAUCGCCAUCGUUGGCCUCGGUGGGCUUGGCCAUGUGGCUAUUAAAUUUGCCAAGGCUUUUGGAGCUAAGGUGACAGUAAUUAGCACCUCUCCAAGCAAGAUGAAAGAAGCUUUGGAACAUCUCGGUGCUGAUUCAUUUUUGGUCAGCCGUGAACCUGAGCAAAUGCAGGCUGCCAUGGGUACAUUGGAUGGUAUUAUUGAUACGGUGUCUGCAGUCCAUCCACUUUUGCCAUUACUCGGUCUAUUGAAGCCCAAUGGAAAGCUUGUUACGGUUGGUGCCCCAGAAAAGCCUCUAGAGUUGCCUGUCUUUCCUCUAAUUAUGGGAAGGAAGAGUGUGGCUGGGAGUGGGAUUGGAGGAAUGAAAGAGACCCAAGAGAUGAUUGAUUUUGCAGCAAAACACAACAUAGCAGCUGAUAUUGAAGUUAUUUCAAUGGAUUAUGUGAACACGGCAAUGGAGAGACUCGCCAAAGCUGAUGUUAGAUACCGAUUUGUCAUUGAUAUUGGGAACACCUUGGCAACUACCAAGCCUUGAGGACUAGCUUGGCGUAUUUGUAUUUCUAAGUUUGAAGGGUUUUCAAUGCUAAAAUAUGCUUGUUUCCGCAUAGGUUUAUGUAAGAGAGUGUCACUUUGCAUCAUGUAUUACAAGAUACUAAGUCGUGAAUGAAAUAAAUAACAAAUGCUUUUCAUUUA